AUGUUGGUCCUCCAGUCGUAUUCUAUCCCCGGCCAUUGCAAGGACUUUCUGGGCCGGACCGCCCGUUUUUGAUUGAGGCCUCGAAAUAGCCGGGCUUAGAAAACGACUGGUGGGACCAGCAGGCUGUCGGGUCGGCCCUUACACAGCCCUGACGAGAUCGGGCACUCUUCUUGUCUUUCUUAUUUUCCCCACUGAUUUAUGUAUUUUUAAGCUUUUUUGCGUAUACUGAAAGGUGAGAUAGUCUAUCAAAAAAAAAUCGCUUUUCAAAGCUUUUUUUGCAAUUUCCUUUUUCAGGUACCUGGAAAAUCGACUACUAACAAUUCGUAUCACCUUUCCUUUCCUCUUGAAAAUCGCGUCUUUUUUUGUAUAUGAAGAUAUUUUUCUUCUCGUUUUCCUGUUGCCAAGCACCUUUUUCAUCAAGGGUCUCCAAAAUUUCUGUAUUUUUUUUCUGUAUGAUUUAGCUUCAAAGUAAGUAAGUAAGUAUGAUUUAGCUUCUGAAGGACUUGAGGAUUGUAUAAAAUAAGAUUUUAGCCAAGGUAAAUGUGAAGAUUCGACUUGUUUUUCAUAUCUUCCAUCACUAGAAAUUAAUCUGUGAUGCUUGAAAAUCUGACUUGAAGCUUGUUUUCUAAUUUCCUAUAGUUUUAUUCAGUUGCCAAGAUAGUCCUUAUCAUUUCUAAGCUUGUUUCCCUCUUAUCUUUCUCCAAAUGUUCUUUUUAACCGCUGUUUUUCGAACUUAUCUCCUUCGGAGAGCAAGAAAUGUAAUCUAUGAUGCUUCAAAAUGCGGAUUUCGAAGCGUUGCUGCUUCGAUGAAUGGCCUUAUAAUCGAGCCAUGCGAAAAAAAAAAGGCGAAUGAAUUCCCGAGCCGAACUUCCGCAGCUCCCUCUCGCACACAUCAGCUCAAACUCACAGCUACUUAGGAGGGGUUCCAAUGAGCAAAAGAAUUUGGCCAAAAAAGGGGCGGCGGAGGCAGUGUUUGCCUCCUCGCCACCUGCCGCCUCCUCUACUCUUCCUCCUCUUCCCAAAAAGAAAAACGAUAGAAAGCCCAACCAACUGCGAAAAAAAAGGCGAAAGAAAUAGGAAAAAAAAAAGCAGAGGCCAAAGUUGCGUUCUUGAGUUACGUUGCCCGGCGGACAGCUGCCCCCCGAGAAAUUUCUCGGAUGCGAAGAAAAGACCGGCGAUAUUCCCAUGGCUGCACUGUCCCGACGUCAGUUCCAGCAGCAACUCGCCGAUUUCGUCCGGCAGAAUGACGAGAGCCACGAGAAGCCCAAAUGGACCCUUCAUCAGGUUCGGAAAAGCUUAGAAGUCUUGAUUUUUUUUCUGUUUUUUUUUAAUGCAGCUUUUUUUUUCUUAAAUCUGUUGUUAGGAUGUUUAAAAAAACCUCAUUGUAAUGAUUUUUCAGAGCCCAGAAGCCUCAGGAAAUUUAAAAACUUUUUCUCGAAUAAAACUUCCAGUGAUUUUUUUACGGAUUGAACGGUUAAUUCUGAUUUUUUUCAAUUUUUUUGACAUAAAUCCUUUUUUUGAUCCAAAUGCUGGGUAACAUUAGAAAAAAAGCUCAUAUUUUAAUAAAUUAUUUCUGAGGAGAACCUUUUUUUGCUUCGGGAAAAAGAUUCUUGAUCAAAAAUUGGCGUUAAUUCCUCAAAAAUAAUUUUUUUUUUUUUGAGCUUUUUUAAAGUCUCCAAAGCUUCCAAUUAGCUUUUAAAGGAGGUUAAUCGUUGAAACUCUUCCAAAAGUCCUUCCAGUAGUAUCAUUUUGAUUUCCAAAGCAUUUUAUCACAUAUGUUUAGAUUGACUCGAUUAAAAGUCAAUCGAAAAUUUAUAUUUUGUUAAUCCUUUCUAAAAAUUCAAUUCGGAAGCAACUUUUAAUUUUGUCGAAUUAGAAGAUUUUCUAUGAACUUUCAGUAUUCGAUAUUUUUUGAAUUGUGUGUUUUGAAAUUACUUCAGCAAUAAAAAAACGUGAAUCUUUUCCCUAUCAUUUCUUCCUUUUUCAUCCUUCCAAUAGUGAUGGCUUGUUCCAGGUGAUUUCGCGAGUUUUGUUAAGAAUUUGGACCGUCUUGAAAUAAUUUUGAGCAUAGUAUAUUCCAGGCCAACCUGUCACUAUUUUUUUUUUCCGACUGAAUAUUUCUGUUUGAAGUGCGCGGUUUAUUUCUGUGCAUGCGCCUUUAAUUUGACGGGAAAUUUGGGCUAUUUUUGAUGCUUGAGGUCAGGUCUAUCUGCCUUUCAAAGAGUAGUCCAAAAAAGGCCAAAUAAAAAUGUUGAAUUAUCGAAAAUUUUAGGUUUAAUUAAAGGCGCAUGCACAGAGAAACGUCGCGCGUGUCCAAGGGAAGGGUUCUGUAAGUAGGAUGGAAAUAUAAAUUGUAAACAAUAUCUUUAUCCUUGAUGCCGUGUUCAAUUUGAUUCCGCGAAAUGCAAAAUACCCGUUAGAGAAAGGAAAAGAUCACUAGAUUUUGGAGAGUCAGAGAUCAUUUUGCAUUUCGCGGAAUCAAAUAGAACACGGCAUGAGGGAUCACUUGAUAAUAACCCUUCAAAAUCUUUUUUUUUAUUCGCGAUAAAGAAUAUUUACUUUUUUUAUUCGCGAUUAAGAAUAUUUCCUUUUUUUUAUGAAUCAAUUUUCUCCAGACAGAUGUCGGGGUUAUGGCCAAGCAAUCGACAAUGGUCAAUUCGGGACAAGAAAUGCUGAAUCGCCAACUUCAUCUUUUGUUUGACCCAACCACUAGCCAACUUCAACUCUGGUUCAAUUUCUAUAGACGAGGUUUCACUUGAUUCCAUGUUUUGAGUAAAAUAAAUUAUUCAGAUGGCCGGGCUUUGAGUAUCGGCGAUAUCAACGCGAUUCACGUGACGAAAGUCGAAAUUCGCGAAGAAAAUCAUCCGAUUCUCCACCUUCCUUUUUAUAAAAUUGGCUCGAAUGAGCAACUUUCAGUCGACAAUGACAGCAAUUACAUUGCCAGGUUGGUCGUUUUAUAAAAUUCGUAUUUUUUGUUGAGAUAUGAGAGAAAUCGUAUUGUUUCUCAUGUGAAUCAUGUCCUGAAUCAUUUCUUUACUAGGCCUUGAAGUGACUUUUUACUUUUGUCAGAAGAAAAAUGAUACUUCGAAAAAGAAGAAGCUUUUUUGAAUGUUUAAAAAAUAUACUUUUAAAUUUUUAGGGAAAUAUAGUUCAGCCUUGAGUCAAUUAUCAUUAUGAAAAAGUUUUCUAUUAUUUUUUUGUUUUUAAACUUUUUAGACUAUUUUUUUGAUGGUAAUUAACAGUAAAUUUUUAACGAUUGAUUUAAAAAAAUUUCAAGUCACCCAGUCUUCUGAAUUUUUUUGAAAUAUUCAUGAAAAAAAUGGUGGGUUUUGAAAGUUUGUAUGAUAAUUUAACACUGAAAGAUUCAACCAGCAUCAUUUUUACAAUGAGAAAAUCUCCGUUUUUCAAUUAUUAUUAUAUUUUCUUGUACAGUUUUUUAAGCUUCAUCUAUUAUUACUAUUAACAGAGCUCUUAGAUCUUACUCCAAGAAGAAUUUUGAAAAUUCAUAAUUUAUUAAAAAAUUGAUCUGUAUUGAAAGGUUGAGUUUAAAGUUGAUAGGUUUCAAAUUAACUUCAGAAUUUUUCAAAAUCGAGAUUCUAUAUUUUUUUUCUUUACUAAAUUGGAAUUUUGACUCAUUUGAAUGGUUAAAGAAAAAUUGACAAAAUCAUCUGGAUUUUUGUUUUUUUCAAUCUUUCAAAUGAACCAGAAGCCAAAAGAAUUAGGAAUUUCGUAGGAAAAAUAAAUUAAUAACUUUGACAAGAGUUUCUGGACAAGAAAUUGUGGUAUUGCUAAUUUCAGUGUUGAAAAUCUCGAAAUGUAGCUUUUUAACGGCUUUUUUUUCCUAUAUUUUCCUGAUUCUGAUUCGAAAAUUAAACAGAGUUCCAACGCGAAUCGACCAUUUUCCACUAAAAAUUGAUUCAUCAAGCUUUUCUCAUCGUAAUAUUUUGUACAGAAGCUAAAUUCAAUUUUAAAUUCCAUCAAAAUAACCACAAAAAGUCCCUAUCUCCCCCCAGUAUUUCUUUCCCAAGCCUUUUAGCCCUGCAGAAUUGCCAAAGUGACACACGGAAAAGGGCUUGUUAGUGAAAUGCAAUUUUCCAGGUGGCUGGAGGUGAAUGGCGCGUUCCUCGACGCUCUGAAAGAACGGGAAAAGGAGAGCGAAGACUUGGACCGCUCGACGACGUCUUGCAGCAGUACCGACGAUGCGUCGGUCCUCUGAAAUUGAAUUUUCGUGUCGGGACCUGUUUUGAUUGGUUAACCCGCUGAUAUAGUCCAUUCACGGCUGGCUUGGGAUGCUAAGGGGGCGUGGCCUGUCUGUGCUCUCUUUUAACAAGACACUAGCUCGUUUUUAUCGUGUCAGGACCCAUUUUUCGAUGAUAUAUGCCAGCCGUGGAUCAGCUAUAGUUGGGGGCAGGGGUCAGCAAAAUGGGGGAAUUUUCUGAAAAAGGAAUGAUGAAUUUCGGGGAUUUUUUGGUUGAUCUUGUGCUUUUUUUCGGAAUUUUGGAAGGAUAAAGAAGAAGGAUUUUUUAUUUCUUUACUGAGAAAAAAGCGAUUUUCGACCGUUUUAUAGCGAUUUUUACUGGAUACUUUUACACAGUAGCAAGAAUUUCAGUAAAAAAAUUUGAAAAAAAUCUAAAAUUUGAGUAGAAAAAUAACACAUUAAGAGAUUCAGAAAAAGGAAAAAAAGCUAAUUUUUUUCACUUUUUUUCUUCCGAAAAAUUGGAUCAUUUUCAUUUUUUUAAAAACCACAAAUCUAGACCAAUUUUUUUGAAAUAAACUCAAAAAGUCGAUUUUUGCUGACCCCUCACCCUUUUUUUCUCAAUAAUUUCCUGUUCUUUUCUCAAUUUUCUCGUCUUGUUCCUCACGGGUGGUAAAUUCUAAUAAAGAUUCUUCUAUUCUUUUCUUCGAAAUUGAAGAAAAAGAAGGUUUUGAACCUUGAAAGACUGCAAAAAAAAAAGAAACCAUUUUUCAACCUUCUAAAAGCGUGUAACCGUCAAUUUGAAGGCCCGAUUUUUCCGAUGAAGCGGAGAAUUCGGCGGUAAUUGCGCCCCAUCGGCAAAAACGAGCGACGGGCCGGCGAUAAACGUGUUUUGUUCGACGGUCGGCCAUUUUCGGCUGUACUUUCCAAAGUGAGCGCUUUAUUUUGUUCGUGUUUCAAAGAAGCUUUCGCGUUUUUAAGCUGAAGAUUUGAGAGAAAGGAGGGUUUUUGAGCUUUUUCGGUAUAUAAGACUCUCGGGUAGAAAAAGGUUGAUAAAUGUCACUUUUGAGCUGUUUUAUGGCAUAGACAAAGUCGGAAGGACCUCAUAUAAGCUCUAUAGAAAUUCUCCUUUUAGGGUGAUGAAGGGUCCUUUUGCUGCCUUUAUGCUCCAUUUCCUCGGCUUUUAUGCACCCUUUCUUCACCAUUUCUCGAGCCUUUGAAAUCCCAGAAAAAUGGGAGGCUCGAUAAAGGGACUCUUUUUGCUGCCUUUUUGCUGCCUUUCUGCAGCCUUUUUGGUGCCUUUUUGAAACCUUUUUGAAGCCUUUUUGGGGCCUUUUUUCGGUCUUUUUGCGGCCUUUUUGCUGCCUUUUUCGAGCCUCUCCCUUUUAGCGGCGAUCAUCACCCAUUCCGACUUUGCCCGAGUUAGUCGCGUCGAUAUUUUUGAUCCUAGGGCAUAAUUUGAGCAUUUUUCCUGCUCUUGGACUUUCCCUCCAAACAUGGACCUUACAUCCAAAUUUUUGAACUUUUCUCCUUUCAUAUAGGCUCUGAUAGACCUGUACCUGAAGAAAAUGGCCAUUUUAAUCGAUAGUUUGAUUUUUUCACUCGUAAAUAAAGUAUGAAGUUUCUUGGAACCGAAUUUUCAGUUUUCUAACGAUUCAUUGGGUACCUAUCAGUAGUUCAAGUAAAGAUUUAAUGAAAAAAUGGGAAGAUUUAAGGGAAAAAAUCAAUUUAUUAGAGACUCCUAAGGAUCUGAACGCUACCAGUAUAAAAAACGGACUUUGAAUGUAGCCUUUUAAGGUUUUUUUCAGAAGAAAAAAUGAAAUACUCUUUUUUUUUUACAGAUUUUUCCAGUUUGCUCUCAUCCAAUGUAUCAUUACCAUUAUUCUAGAACUUUAGAUUGAAUACCUUUUUUCAAAGCUUAGUUGGAGCCUCUAAAUGAAAGGGUCUCGGAAAACCCUUUCGAGUGCAUUUUUCAUGACUUUGAUGGGAAAAAAUCCUUUGAAAACCUAGAUUUUAGGGGUUUCAAACGUAGAAAGCCGGAUUUUUUUGAAAAUGAGCUUAGAAAGAGCUUUCGGAACAAACUUGAGGAUUUUCUUCUUUUUUUGUUCAAGGAGUUUCAGUUUGAACUGGACUUUUGAUUUCAGCAUACUUUAUUAUUAUUAUGAUAAGAGCUUCAUUUUUUUGAUUCUCGGAGAAAAAAAUGCGAAUAACUUGGGGCCAAGAAUCCUUUUUUUAAAUCAAGAGUUAUGAAUUUUUCAAUAUAGGAAGAAUGGAAGGAAAUUCAAAAAAACCGAAUUUGUUCUGAAAAAAAGGAGCUUACAAGGAAACGUUUUUAACCCCCCAAAAAAAGCGCUAUUUCGGGUUUUUGAACGUUCCCUAGUUAGGUGAAGUCUUUGACACCUAGAGAUCCGUUUUUGAAAAAUCUCCCGUUCUUCUUUAAAGGUCUUUUGAUGCCCUUCUGGAUUCUGGUUUUGUUAUGGCAGUAGCUAGAUUUAAUGUGAAUUUUCAAAAACCUUGCGAUUUUCGAAUAAUCCUCCUCUUUCUGAUCUACUCCUCAGAAAACUCCAUCACUCUGAAUCUCGAAAAGAAGAAAGUGCGAGAAUCUCGAGGCCAAGAAUAACAGCAAUUUAUCAAGACGAAGCUUCCGUGGACAUGUGUCUCUUGUGUCACAAACUCAGAAAAUUUUCUUUCAAUUUUUCUUCCCCGCCCCUCCCUUCACAAGUGACAAGCGUUUUUCGACUUGCUUUGUUGUUUUCUUUGCGGUUUCUGACGCUUUUCCGGUUUUAUUUUCUCAAGAGUAAAACCUCAACAGCUGUUGUUUGGAAAAAUGAGGCUCAAAUUUUUUUUCGGUGAGAAUUUUUCCUUCCUUCUUGCUUCUUUUAGUGAUUUGUCAAUGAGGAAGUUAGCUUGAUUUUCCAAAAAUUCUAGAUUUUUUGGCUAUUUUUCCACGCGUAAUGCGCUCCAUUGAUAAAUAUGGUUAUUACGUAGAAGAUAACAUCAAGAAGGAACCGCAGACAUAUUUUAGUCGAUUUUUGAGCAUAAUUCUGUUUUUUAGCUUCUCUGUCAAUUGGCGGCUAUUUUUCUUGAAUCAAGUGUGUUCCAUUGAGAAAAAUGAUUUAUUUCCGCUCUUUUACCCUUUUUGGCCAUUUUUUUUCCGAUUUUUCUUCAAAAAUUAUCAGCGCAUGAAGUUUAUUUUUUGUGAUUUUUAUGUUGAACUUCGUCAACUCGAAAAUUCACCUCUUUUUUAAUUUCUUACGUUUGAAACCGGAUAUUUUUGUCAAUUAUUUACUCAGUUUUUUUUUUCAAAUUGCAGAAGUGGAAACAUGUGAAAAGUUAGAUUUUUUUUAUUAGACGGCGAUUUUUUCUUGUUCAAACGUGCUCUAUCGAUAAAUUGGCUGUCGGACGAGGAAAUUUGGAUUUUUUUCAAAUAUAUAACAAUUUUCAGUGAGUGAAAAAUUCAAAUCUAAAUUUUUUUUUUCAACUUUCGGCCCUUUUUCCUGUUGAAUGUCGCUCCACCGAUAAAAAUAGCCGUCAGACGAAGAAAUUGGAUUUUUUUCAAAAAAAUAUAACGAUUUUCAGUGAGUGAACUUUCAGAAAGAAAAUUGGAAUCUUAAUUCUUUUUUUUUGAAUGUGCGGCUAUUUUUUCAUGUUUAAACGUGCUCUACCGAUAAAAUGGCCAUCAGAACUCCAGAAUUGUCUUUUCUGGACGUCGUCGCCUCCCCCCGUGACGUCACUCAUUCCAUUGCGAGGCGCGCCUCAUCCAAAGUUUUCUCUCGCCGACCCUCCGCCCUGAACGUUGUCUCUCGCCGCUCACUCACUCGCCAAAACUCUUUUCACACUCACGCACUCCUUAUAUUGCAUCGCGCACGAUCAAACCACUUUCCAUCGAUUUUUCUGUCCCUCGAUUCUCGAUCCGAAAGCCGAUUUUCACGUCAAACUGACAGCUUUUUUUGGUGACGAAAAGCCGACUUUUGGAUAAUUUGGAUGUCUUGAAAUGGGCUUUUUCUUCAUUUUUUUGCUUUUUUGCUCCUCGUUUUCAUUGAGUUUUCGAGAAUCUUUGAUUUUUUAUACGUCCCAUAUUUUUCUAUUUCUUUGUCACUUUCUAUACCUAUUUUUGUUUUCCAGGCCCUUUUACAAUGAUAUUUCCAAUCCUGCUCUAAUUUUUUUUUUUUUUAUUUUGAAUGGAUUUUUUUCACUUGUUUUUUUAAGCCAAGGAAUGAAUUCAUAUGAUUUUUUUUUUUUUUUUCUUCGUAAAAAGUCGCUUUUUAAGCUUGAAAAUGGACUCUAUUUUUUUCCAAAAAAAGUAUAAAAACCAGGAAAAAAUUACGAACGUGAAAUUUGACGCUCAUCUUCGAAUUUUUUAAAUUUUUGAUAUAUACAUUUUUUUGGUUUUCUUGAUCUAUUUUUUUGAGUACGAUAUUUCUUAAAAAUCAUUAAAAAAAUGCUGUAGAAAAACUAUCAAAAAAAGCAAAAAUUUUUCGAGUUUUUUUCUCUUGAGCGUAAUGAUACAAGGUCGCGAUUUGAAGCAUAUUCAUUGAAUCAGACUCAAAACCACUUGCGCUUGAAGGCAUUGAAGAGAUUAAAUGAAGUUUCUAAAGAUAAAAAUGGCUAGAAAAGUUGUUUUAACCGCGACGCGUUCGAGCCAUUCCCAGUGCGAACAAGGUAUUUUUGUGACGCGACCAAGGUUCGAGCCAUUCCAAGUGCGACCAAGGUUCGAGCCAUUCCAAGUGCGACCAAGGUGUUUUUGUGACGCGACCAAGGUUCGAGCCAUUCCAAGUGCGACCAAGGUGUUUUUGUGACGCGACCAAGGUUCGAGCCAUUCCCAGUGCGAACAAGGUAUUUUUGUGACGCGACCAAGGUUCGAGCCAUUCCAAGUGCGACCAAGGUAUUUCUGUGACGCGACCAAGGUUCGAGCCAUUCCAAGUGCGACCAAGGUGUUUUUGUGACGCGACCAAGGUUCGAGCCAUUCCAAGUGCGACCAAGGUGUUUUUGUGACGCGACCAAGGUUCGAGCCAUUCCAAGUGCGACCAAGGUGUUUUUGUGACGCGACCAAGGUUCGAGCCAUUCCAAGUGCGACCAAGGUGUUUUUGUGACGCGACCAAGGUUCGAGCCAUUCCAAAUGCGACCAAGGCGGUUUGAGCAGCCCAGGAUCUAACAUAACAUGUUUCGUGCCUCAAAAAAUCCCUUUUUUUUUAAACUAAUCUUGAUCCCAUUGCUUCUAGCCAUUCAUCCAACCGAACAUAUGUAUGGGAGGAUCACCUUGAAUUCGGAAUCGUCCUCUCCGAUUUGAAGGGGAACCGAUUUGUCGAAUGGAUGGCUGGCGUCGGUCCAAUCGCAAUCAGAAACGAAAGAAAGAAAGAAUUUUGACGACGUCGCCCCCCGUUGUGAAUGCCGACGUUCCCUUUCGCUUUCUCAAAUCUUGGCCGCCGUCGGUCGGCGUGACCUUCUUCGGAAAGAGGCAACCUUCGGAUCCCCUCCAAAAUGUUCCUUGACCUCCAUUUUACACGUUCAUUUCGUGAUUCUUACACUGAUUUUGAGUUUUCGAAGAACUCAAGAUCCAUAUUUUUCACUUUUCCCGCUUCAGAAGACUCUUACAGAUUUUAUAUUGCUCCAGAAGCAUUCAGAAACUAGCUUUCGACUUCUAGGACCAUCCUGUCUCUUCUGAGGACCAUACCGAAUCAUUUCCAGCUUGAAAAAGUAUUUUUGAGCCUUUAGAAGCAAAAUACUUCUUCGAGACGAAAAGAAGCUUUCGGAUCCCUCCAAAAUGUUCCGUGACCUCCAUUUCACACGUUCAUUUCGUGAUUCUCACACUCAUUUGCUUUAUUUUUGAACUCGAUGGACUCAAAAUCCAUAUUCAGAAGUUUAAGCAACACCUUUCCCGCUCCAGAUGACUCCGAGAGACUUGAUAUUUCUUCAGAAGCCUUUAGAAACGAAUAAUUUACUUCCAAGCUCCGCCUGUCUUUUCUGAAGACCAUAGGGAAUCAUUUUCAGCUUGUAAAAGCAUUUUUGAGCAUUCAGAAGCAAGAUACUUCUUCGAGAAGGAAAAGAAGCGUUCGGAUCCCUCCAAAAUGUUCCGUGACCUCCAUUUUACACGUUCAUUUCGUGAUUCUUACACUGAUUUUAAGCUUUUGAAGCACUCAGAAUCCAUAUUUUUCACUUUUCCCCCCUCAGAUAACUCCGAGAGACUUGAUAUUUCUUCAGAAUCACUGAAAAACGAACUUUUGACUUCCAAGCCCCACCUGUCGCUUCUGAAGACCAUAGGAGAUAAUUACCAGCUUUCAGAUACAUUUCAAAAACUUUCAAAGCUUCAAGAAGAAAAAGCAACAUUUUAGAUAGCUCCAAACCAAGUCUUCUGUUGCUUGACCUUUAUUUUACACGUUCAUUUUAUGAUUUUCGUAUGAUUUUGGGUUAAUUUUGAGCUUUAAGAACCAUAAAUCCAAUUUUAGAAGCCCAAGUCCCACCUGUUUUUUUGCUGAUCCCUUUAAAGGGUAGGAGAGUUCGUUUAAAUUUUCAUUUCACUUAAAAUUGCUUCAGAAUUUUCUUUAAUCAAAUUUUAUAUCCAGUUGAUGAUCGGAAGUUUUUUCAGCUCUCAGAUGCUUGUGAAACGCUUCUAGACGCUCGAAACUGCUUCUGACUCAUCAAAAAGUCCAAUUUUCACAGCCUUUUUGUCAUUUUUUUCUCCUCCUAAAAAUACAGAAGAAGUCAUUUAGGGGUAAAAAAUAGCUUCAGGAGCAUAUAAAUUUGAAAAAUUGAUUGAAUUUUCGAAGGUUUAACAGUUUUCUUAAUGUUUUUUUCUUGGCUUUGAAAUCGAUUUGAGCUCGAGUUUUGUAGCCGUAAUCUUGACAGUUAGUUCUAAAAAAUCAUUUCGAGUCUUUGAAAAGUUUUCUUAAAGUUUCUAUCGGCUCAAAAAGCUUUUGAAGCUUCGUUUUUAUGAAGUUUGGUGUAGCGUUCAUUUCUGAAGGAUCGUUGUCGCGUUUAUUUAUUUAUUUAUUUUGCUUCGUUGCCUUGAUAAUGCUCCAGUGACCAAUGAGUAUAAUUUUUGGAGCAGAUUCUUCUUUUUUCGACUUUGAAGAUGUUCUGGAACCCUGAAACUUCAUGUCAUUGGGUUUUAGAAAUAACAAGAAGCCAAGAUUUGAUUUUAAGUUUCUUUUUUCUUUUUUUUCAGCAAAUUUUUUUAAUUAAGUCAGGUCCUUCUCAAUUUUUGAAGUGAUUUUCCGGCUUCUGAACUUGUUAUAAGCUCCAGAAUUCUGAUUCCAUCCAGCUUAGCCAAUUGCAAAAAUAAGCAUCGAUUGAUUUUAUGUCCCAGUGUUUCUUCGGAAGAACUCCAUGAAACAAUUUGAUUUUUCCUCGCAUUUUCCUGAUAAUUUCUUAAACGCUCGCACUUUACAAGCUACAAACGUUCCAACGGGACGUUAUCACCUUGCAUUUGUAUGCACAUCAGCCGCCUACGCGUCGGAAUUUGCCUUUCGAUAGAUGAUUCACCCCUUCAUUCACAACUUUUGAGCGGUAUAGUAUACCAACACGCCAAGUGGUCACUUUAGUGACUCUUUUCUGAUUUUUACAUUUUAAUAGCUCUCAAAAAUUUUCAAUCUUUUUGAGAAUUUGCACCUUUAUGCUGUAUAGUAUACCUACACGCCAAGUGGUCACUAUAGUGACUUUUUUCUGAAUUUUACUGUUAACUACUUUUCAAAAGUCUUUCAGUACACCUUUUUGAGAUUUUGCAACUUUUGAGCUGUAUAGUAUACCUACACGCCAAGUGGUCACUAUAAUGACUUUUUUCUGAAUUUUACUGUUAACUACUUUUCAAAAACUUUCAAUCUUUUUGAGAAUUUGCAACUUUUGAGCGGUAUAGUAUAUCUACACGCCAAGUGGUCACUUUAGUGACUUUUUUCUGAAUUUUACUUUUUAAUAGCUCUCAAGAAAUUUCAGUAUAUUUGAGAUUUUGUAAGUUUUGAGUAUCCAACACGCCAAGUGGUCACUCUAAGGACUUUUUUCUCAAUUUUUACUGCUUCAAAAAUUUUCAAUUCAUCUUUUUUUAAGAAUUCGCAACUUUUCCAAGCUCAUAAAAUGGUUCCCAACACUGCCUCUGAACCCGUAAAACCUGAAACUCUUUUUUUUUGUUGCUCGUUGAGCCGAAAUUACCGCUGAGCAGUCAUGAGUGCGAAAAAUCCUCUGUUCCAUGUUACACAAUGAUCCAUUGAUACGCUUCGUUCCUUCGUUCGUUCGGCUUUUUUUUAGAUUCCCGUUCCCCUCCCUCAGUUUUCCUUCAUAGUCUGGCUUUUCUCUACGAAAAAGUUGAAAAUGAUCUUAGGGACUCCAGAGUGGUCCCUAUAGGGGCUCUAGGGGCCACUUUUUUGUCCCCUAUAGGGGCUCUAGGGACCACUUUUUUGUCUCCUAUAGGGGCUCUAGGGACCACUUUUCUGUCCCCCUAGAGGGACUGCUUUCCCCCUAACCCCUAUAGGGACCACCAUGGGAUUUCUGAGAUGACUUUGCUUCAAGGAUUGAGUUGAAUAGUCAUGCUAAAAAGCCUUGGCCGCAUUUGGAAUGGCUCGAAGUCAAAUAGACAUUUCACAGAAUGUCACCAAGCGCAAGUUGCUUCGGGUCGGGUGCGCUUGACUAUAGUGAUUUUAGUAUUUCUCUCUGUUAUUUUGAAAAAAAAAUUUGCCCUUUUUUGUGCACUCGGAAUACACUAAAAAGUGGUCGACGGAAUUUUUCACUAAUUUUUUGAAAAUGAUUUUUAGGAUUGGCUCAAACUAAUUUUAUGAAAAUAGGGCCUCUCAAACGGUGAACUUAUGCUGUUCUAGUGAUUUUUUUUGGUUUUAGUAGAUUUUCCCAGUCUCGAAAUACCUUGAAUUUGAUCAAAAAGAGUGAAUUUUUGACUUCAAUGAACGUUGUUUCCUCUUUUUCCACUAUAAGAUACCGCCAUGCGAAAGUAGUUUAAUGUCGGGCGCACUGGAACCUUGGGUGUAACCACCAAGUUCAGAGCCAUUUCAAAUGCGACCAGCUCAUGAAAAAAAAAUCGUUACUUUCUUGACUUUGUAAAAAUCGAAUAAUAUUUCUCGAGGGCCGGAAGGAACAGGCCCUCAAGAUUUUAUAAGACUGUGGAUACAUGCUUCUUCUCCUUUCUUCUCGUCGGGGCCGAACAAAAGCCCAAGCGUUUAUAUAUCUGUUGGCUCUCUCUCGGCGAAGCAUUCGCGGCUUGCCUCGGCUCCUCGCAAAUACAAACAAUGUGUGCUCUUGCAUCGAGCUUGUAUGGCUUGGCCAGGAGACAUUCGAGCCAAUACAUUGGCCCCUUCUCCGAGCCUUCCCUGUUUACUGCUUCGUUCUACUAUUUAUAGGUUCUCUGUUUGUUUUGUACUAUUUUGGGGGAUUAGAUGAUUUUUUUUUGAGGGUUAGAGGAAGCUGAGCGGCUCUAGAAGUCAUUAGGGAUGAUUUUGAACGAUCUAGGAAUCUCUGACUCAUUUCAAACCUCGAAAAAGUUGACCUCAAGUCUGUCUCCAAGCCUUCCCUGAGUCUCACAGUUUGUUUAUAGUUAAACGAUUUUUUGAGGGUUAGAAGAAGUUUGGAAGCUCUAAAAGUCAUCAAGGAUGAUUUUAAACGAUCUAGGAGUUUCAGGCCCUUUUCAAGCCUCGAAAAAGUUGACCUCAAGUCAGUCUCUAAGCCUUCCCUAAGUCUCAAAGUUUGUUUAUAGUUAGACGAUUUUUUGAGGGUCAAAAUUAGAUUAUUUUUUGAGGAUUAGAAGAAGUUUGAAAGCUCUAAAAGUCAUUCAAAAGGUUUUUUAAGGUACCUGGGAAGUUCGGGACUUUUUUUUCCAGCUCUAGAAGUCAUUUAGGACCUAGUAGUUCUAGGACCUUCUAAGAAUUUUGCAAUUUUGACCUUCAAUGAGUCACCGAGCCUUCCCCAAGUCUCAAAUCUUAUUUAUAGUCUCUUUUGAACUAUUUUGGGGGACUAGAUGAUUUUUUGAGGGUUAGAGAAAUCUCGCGAGCUCCAAAAGUCAUUCAGAAGGAUUUUAAAGUACCUAAGAGCUUCAGGAUACAUUCAAACUUUGAAAAAUGGGACAUUGAACGCAUAUUCAAGCCUUUACUGUGUCCAACAACGGUUUUCUGUUUGUUUUGUACUAUUUUGGGGGAUUAGAUGAUUUUUUGAGGGUUAGAAGAAGCUGAGCAGCUCUAGAAGUCAUCAGAAGGAUUUUUGAGGUACCUGGGAACUUCAGGAUCUUCUCAGUCCUUAAAAAGUUGGACCUCAAAACAGUAUGCAAGCCUUUCCGGAGUACUGCUUUGUCCCACAGCUUAUUUACGGGUUCUCUGUUUGUUUUUGAACUAUUUUGGGGGAUUAGAUGAUUUUUUGAGGGUUAGAGGAAGCUGAGCGGCCCUAGAAGUCAUUCGGAAUCUAGUAGUUUCAGGACCUUCUCAGAAUUUCGGAUUUUUGACUUUCAAUGAGUCUUCAAGCCUUCCCUAAGCAUUAGAGCUUAUUUAUAGUCUCUUUUGAACUAUUUUGGGUGUUUAGAUGAUUUUUUUAAGGGCUAGAGGAAGCUUGGGAGCUCCGAAAGUCAUUCAGAAGAUUUUUAAAAUUCCUAAGAGCUUCAGACUUUGGAAAUUUCUCCUCAUGUGAGUCAAAUGUGUCUGAAAGGAAGCUUGAGAACUCUGAAAGUCAUCCAAAAUUCGAGUUUCAUAACCUCUUCAGACCUCGAGAAUUUCGGACUUUUAAUGAGUCUGUAGGCCUUUUUUAUUUACUGCUUUUCAAUAGGGCUUUUUAGGAAAAACUUAAGAGCUUCAAAAGUCUUUAAGGACGGCUUUAGCUCAUUUAGAACUAUUUUAUGGUAUCAAAAAGCCUCAAAACCUUUUCAGAACUUGAAAAAUUUGACCUUAUUCGAGUCACCGAGCCUUCUAUGUUUUUUUGAACCAUUUCAGUUAGAAUUUUAAAAGGUUAGAGAAAGCUUAGAAGCUCAAAAAGUCACCAAGGUUAAAAUUAGUUCAUUUUGAAUCAUUUCAUGCUAUCUGAGACUAUCAGGACCUUUUUUUCAAAGUUUAUGUGGACUCAAAGCUCUUAGGUAAGGUUGAGGAGAAGCUCAGGGGCUUUAAAAAAUCAUAGAGAAUGGUUUUAGUUCAUUACGGAUACCUUUGAAGCUUAUAAGAACUUCUGAAAGCUUUUUUAUAUUGUUACAAGUCUUGGGGUUUUUUUAGACUUUUUAAAGUUGGUAUUCAAAUCUUCCAUGCUCCCGGCUUUAUACAACAGCUUUUUGAUGGUUUCUGUGUUUUUUUUUUUGGAGUCUUUUGGGGUAAUUGGAUUAUUUUUGAGCAUUAGGAAAAGCUUAAGAGCUUAGAAGGGCCAAGGCAACUCAGGGAGAUCUGAAGCAUUUUCGGACUUCAAAAUGGCUUUUUGCGGGUCUUAGGUAUAUUUAGAAGCUUCAGGAGCUUCAAAAAACCUUCCUUUUUAAGGGAGGCUCUGAAUAGUCUUUCCUAGAUUCUCAAUGAUUCAACUACCGAUUUCUGUUUUUCCAUUUGUUCUUUGAAAGUUUGUCUAUUACUAGUUCCAGUGUUUAUUCAACCUUCCUUCUGUAAACAACGGCUUGCCCAUCUUUACGGAUUCUGAGAAGAAAUAUGUCAAUAACGUUCUUGGCAACAUUUUACAUGGGUUUUGAGCAUAUUAUUGAUUUUUUUUAGUAAAAAUGAUAAGCUAUUGGCUUUUUUAAUUGUGAAUAUUGGAUAUUCUCGUUUUUUCUUGUUUUUUCCUGAAUUUUUCUCAAUAAAACGAGCUUUUUGUCACGUUUUCCCUCGUUAUAGAGCUCUAAUCGUCUAUUAUGCGUUAAAAGAAAAAAAAAUAUCCAUUUUAAGACGGAUGGUCGCCGUUCAACGGACCACAAUUGAAGCUGUGAGCGCAGUUCGGCCUUUGAAGGUUCAAAAUUCAUAUUUUUACUUGAUUUAUCAUAUAUUUUUUUCAGAUAAUUUCCCUUCUUUGCCUCCUCAUAGCGAUCGCCUGUUCAAUAUUGGCCCUUUGCUCGACUUCUUGGCUUAAAUCUGGUAAAUUUCAUAUACUUCUCUCUUUUAAAAUGAAAUUAUUGGUCUAAAAAUUGAUUUUUUCAAAAAAUUUCAUUCUGAAUCCCUUUCUGAAGUUAAUUCUAGGAUUCUUCCGAACCGGUCUUUUCCAAGAAUGCACAUCCAGUAACGAACCAACUCGGGCAGCUCCUUUCCCAGGAGCCCCAGAGCCUGGAAAAUGCCAUGGACCAUCGAGGAAUUCAGGUAAUAUGGUUUAAAUUGGAAUUUGGGAGGAAACAGCUAAAAAAUAUAAUUAUUCGUUCUGUAGCCGAGAAAUGUGCAUUUUGUGCAUGCACCUUACGCGCAAAGUUUUAUUAUUUUUUUUGAAAAAUUUUUGCAAGUUUUCAUGUUCUAUUUGAAAGCUCUUCUAGGAAUUUCUAAUCUAGAGGAUCUCCGCUCGAAUUGAGAUAGUAAAAAUCGUUUAUUGAACGAAAAAAAUUUUUUUUAAGGAGACUCAAAUUUUAUCAUCAUUUGAAUUGCCUUUUGGAUUUUACUUUAGCGUUUUUUUCAUGCCUCUGCAAGAUUAAUGAUGCUGAUAUGAAAAAGAUAAAAUGUUUUUUUUCUCAAAUUUUAGUAAAGUAAAUAAUUAUUCGUAAUUAAAAAAAUAAUUAUAGAAAUCUAUAUUCCUUCCUAGCUAGUCGAACUAUUAAAUAAUCAUUUUUUGAAUUUUUGAGUUUGAUUUUUUUUAAAUGUAAUAUUGAACUUGUUCUCAGUAUUUCUUUGACAUUCAUCAGGAAAUCUUAGCUAGGAAUUUUUUUUAGGUGUAUUUUUUUUCCGCUUUCUCUAGUUUGUAAAAAAACCAUUGAAAGAUUAGAAAUAUGAUGAUUUAACGGGAAAAUCGAAGCUUAUUUUAUGAUUUUUCUGAAAUUUAGGAGUUUUUUUUUUUUAGGUUUCCUGACGGCGUCGGCGGUGUUGCUGAUCAUCGCCUUGGUUCUGACGGCAAUCGCCGCAAUUUUCAACGUCGUCGGCCUGAGCAAAUCGGAUGUUCGCGGAAAAUACCGAUGGUAUCGAGGAGCCACAACUAUUUCUGCUCUGGCAGGUGAGAAAAUUGUUCAAACAAUCAGAAAAAUAUAAGUUUUCAGUACUCCUUGAAUUGGUCGCCCUGAUCAUGUUCCCAGUGGCUUUCUACGUCAAGAUGAACGAGUAUGGGCCGAGGAGAAAUUGGGAGGUUCGUGAGAAAAAAAAUUUGAAGAUCAAAAAAAUAGAGCAUACUAAAAAAAACCUUGAAAGUGGGCACAAAAAUGCAUUUUCAUGACGAGAAAUCCAAAAAUCUUCAACGUUGUACAAAAGCUGUAUGAAUUUAAACGUGAAAAACAAUUUUCCAGGUCGACUGGUCCUACGGGAUCGCCUGGGGAGCGACUCUUUUCACACUCGGAGCCUCAAUUAUGCUCAUUUGUGACAAAGAGCACGAGGAGAUCUACUACAAGGAGAAGACGAUCUACAAUCCGCCGCCAGAGUUGGGCGAUCGGUGA